GGGUCUUCACUUGACGUGUGUGCUGCGGCAGCGGGAGACUUUCCAACCUUUUCACUCCGGGCUCUUUAAACUCCCGCUUCUACCCGCACGACCGUCCGCUUCUCCGGAGACACAGCAGCCGAGUCCAUCCGUGUGAACACCGCUUCCAGUCAUGCCUCGAGGGGGGAAAAAGAACCACAAGGGCCGGGGAAAGCAGUUCAGCAACCCCGAGGAGAUCGACCGACAGAUGAAAGCACAGAAGGAGUUGGAAGAAAGUGGCGGUGCAGAAAAAAAGAGCGAUGACGAGUCUGAGGAGGAGAGCAGCAGCGAUGAAGAGUCUCUGUCCAGAAAGAGGAGUGGAGUGGAAGGGCUUAUAGAGAUUGAAAAUCCAAACCGUGUGUCCCAAAAGAACAAAAAGGUGACUGAAAUAGAUGUCGCUGCACCCAGAGAACUGAGUCGCAGAGAGAGAGAGGAGAUAGAGAAGCAGAAAUCUAAGGAGCGCUACAUGAAACUCCAUCUUGAGGGGAAGACUGAUCAGGCCAGGGCCGACCUCGCCAGACUGGCCAUCAUCAAGAAACAGAGGGAGGAUGCGGCCAAGAAGAGAGACGAUGUCAAGAAAGACAAAGAAGCAGAUGACGGCAAAGCAAAGCGCUAGUGCUCCAUCUGUAAGCUUCAUCAUGCACUUCAGUCUCAGAGGGAUGGAGAGAGGAGGAGAUCUGGAGGAGGAAAAGGA